GGUGCCUCUCCGCCGUGCUCUCGCUGUCACACACAGCAGCAGCUGUUUUGGUUUGUUCAAAGCAAAGCAUGCUGGACCACAGUUCAACGCCCAAAAUGGCGGCACGGUUGAAAAGUUUUGCUUGUUUUAUCCGAGUUUGUCUCUUUUACAGAUUAUUCCUUUAGCUGCUUUGACGCGUAACCAGUUCGUACACCGAUGACAUGCCGGCGUUUUUUCUAAUGGUCGUGGAGUAAACGGCGUAAAUCGGGAUGGCGUUUUGCUAUCGGCUCAAAUCCGGGCAUCACUUUACCAACGCUGAGGCUAAAGCUAAGCUAGGCUAGGCUAGGCUAGGCGAGCUAACUAACUGUCAGAUGAGUGCUGGUUAAAAAAUAAAAAUAAAUAAAAAAGCUUCGGUAGUUAUGUCUCGUCUCAACUGGAUCUCCACGCUGAACUGAAUAUGAAGAAGAGGACCUUUACGUAGAAAUGGAGGAUGAUGUGAAAAAAGUGAAAAAGGCUGGUAUCGUGUCUCCGUUCAAGCGAGUCUUCCUGAAAGGAGAGAAGGGGAGAGACAAGAAGGCCCAGGAGAAAGCCACCGAGCGCAGGGCCCUCCACACCUUCUCACUCUCCCAGCCUGACCACCGUAUCGACCCCGACAUCCUGCUCAAUGACUACAUCGAGAAGGAAGUCAAAUACUUGGGGCAGCUGACAUCCGUUCCAGGAUACUUGAACCCGUCAAGUCGCACAGAAGUGCUGCAGCUCAUCGACACUGCACGGAAGUCCCAUCAGUUGGCAGGCCAGCUGACAUCAGAGCAGGAUGCAGUGGUGAGCUUGUCGGCAUACAACAUAAAGCUCGUAUGGCGCGACGGAGAGGACAUCAUCCUAAGAGUGCCCAUCCAUGAUAUCGCUGCUGUCUCCUACAUCAGGGAUGACUCUUUGCACCUCGUGGUGAUCAAAACAGCCCAGGAGUCAGGCGGCUCCCCUUGUCCCAGCUCGUGUCCUGAUCUGAACAAGUCUCAGACGCUGAGCUCCUUAUCAGAGAGCGGAGCCGUUCUCGUGGAAGUCUGCUGUCUGCUCGUGCUGGCCGUCGAUAAUAAGGCAGCAGCAGAGGAGCUGUGUCUUCUGCUCAGCCAGGUCUUUCAGAUCGUUUACACAGAAUCAACCAUCGACUUCUUGGACAGAGCCAUUUAUGACGGAGCAACUACACCUACCAGACACCUUUCUCUAUACAGCGAUGACUCUUCAAGCAAAGUAGAUGUCAAGGAGGCCUUUGAAGAAGAAGCAAACACAUUUCCUUUCCAAGAGGCAGAAGAAAACUCGCCAUCACCUUCCACCCCAGCGUCCCCUCAGACGAAGACUGCAAGUGAAGGAGAGCUCAGCACCACUGCUGCAGAGCUGCUGCAGGACUACAUGACCACACUGCGGACCAAGCUGUCAUCACAAGAGAUCCAGCAGUUCGCUACGCUGCUCCAUGAAUACCGUAACGGUGCCUCCAUCCACGAGUUCUGCAUUAACCUGCGACAACUCUACGGGGACAGCAGGAAGUUCCUUCUACUUGGCCUGCGUCCCUUCAUACCAGAGAAGGACAGCCAGCACUUUGAGAACUUCCUCGAGACCAUCGGCGUGAAGGACGGCCGAGGUAUCAUCACAGACAGCUUCGGCCGUUACCGGCGGACGGCCAGCUCCGCCUCCGAUUCCACCACCAACGGCAACGGAGCAGCCGGCGGAAGCGCCGCCUCAGACGAGGGCCAGGAGGCCUCAGAGGGAGACGAAUGGGACCGCAUGAUCACUGAUAUCAGCAAUGACAUUGAAGCUCUCGGCUGCAGUAUGGACCAGGAGGGGGUGACACCGUGACAUGGCCGAGGGAGCGAAGAAGGUUUUUUUGUUUUUUUUUGCAAGAGCUGACAUAGAAUGGCAGCCGAUCCUCAAAUGAACAGUAGGCAUGAGCUGAACGGAUCAGAUGAAGGUGGUCCUUAGCACUGACCUAAGAUUUGGUUAAUUGUAUUUUCCUCUAAUUGUCAAGAGGACGUUCUACAGUCCCUACGCACUCGCAGGAAACCUCAACCUGUCACCACAAAAACAUGAAGUCAACAAAUGCACUUACCCUGUAGGUGAAACGCAGUCAUUUGGCUUUUUUUUUUUUGCAUCGCAGAGGGAUUGAUGGCCUCUGAUAUAUUUUUAAAGUUUCUUUUUGUACUCAUUUAUUGGCAGUAUCUGCCACUGCUGUCUGCAAUGUAGCGGAAAUGUCCAGAGUCUUUGAGAAUAUUUCCGAAUGAAUGUCCUCAAAGAUUCUGGAGAAUCCCAUCGGAGGAUUGUGUACAUGUUUUUAGAAGGUUAAGUCUGAGGCUGUACUGGUUUGUGCUUUUUUUGUAUCACUAUAGGUCAAUCAGCUUCAUCCACCAGGAGAACUUCAUUUAUUUCACACGUGUGUGUUGCUGUGAGAGUGUAACAUUUUUGCUAUAUUUUUAUAUAUAUAUAUAUAAUUUUGUUUUUCAGUAAGAUUUGUGUACCACUUUUUUUUUUUUUUUACACUAUCAUUUGUUAUCAGUGUUUAUUCAUUUAUAUAAUUUUGACUUACUCAAACUGACCAAGGAAAUGCUGUAAAAAAAACAAAAAAAAAUUCUCAUUCAAUUCAUGCGAUUUGAGUGGGGACUGUAUUUGACAAAGCCAGUUAUGGCUGAUGUAAAUUUAUGAUUUUUGUUUUUGUUUUGUUCUUCUCCUGCAGGUCAUCUUAUGUCUUUGUGACAUUGCAUUUAUCUGUCAUUGUGCCUUUACACUGCAGUACUGCUGCCAACUGUCUGUCACACGCAGACAGGUAAUUAUGAACUGUAACUACAGUUGAGCAAAUCAUGGUUAUUAAAUAACGGCUACUUUAAACAGA